UUCCUUCACUCAGUCGAUGGUGAUCGUGAUGUUAGCCUUAAGAGGAAUCAGUCCAAUAGUAUGAUAUGUGUGUCAUCAAGUAAUAGCACUAGUGGACUGGGAAGAGAAGGAGAUGUCAAUGUCACUGUAGGCUCAGAUCAGGUACAAAGUGUAUUCUGUCAUAAUUAAUGAUACAUGAAUAUACAAUGGACCCUAAUUAGGAUAUGAAUCAGCUAAUUGCACUGCUGAAUUAACUUUUGUUCCUAUCUAAAAUGCGGUUAGUGGGGUAGGAUAAGAUAGCUUAUUAUUAGUCACACAAUCGUCUAUCACCUUAACAUACAGUGCUGUAUACAGGUGGUAGGUCCAGGCCUCUUUUCCUGUUCACUGUGGGACUUAGUCGUACAUGGAUGAUCAUGUGACCAAUAAAGACAUUGAGAUAAUGCUCUGAAAGAUUUCACUGUGCCAAAACUUUUUGCUCUAAGUCAGCAUUUAUUAUCAUGGUCUUUCCAGAGCACAAAAACAAUCAUUUGUGAAUGUAACAUGGUUUUAUUCUGUGAAGCGUGGCUUUUUUUCAUUGUGGCUAUUAUCCUAGCCUCCUACAUAGACAUGUUACAUAGUCAUGUAAGGCUUCAUCAUACAUAUCCUCCCUCAACAAAUAGUGUUCAGGCAAGUCGGUCACUAAGGACCAUGGGCUUUGGAUUUCCCUUGUCUGCUCUAAGCAUCACCCCAUGCUACUUUUAUACUAGAAAUUUGUUUAGCACAACGCUUUGCGAGGCUGUGGUGAGGGGAAGCAAUAUGACUAAACUGAAACCAGCCAAUGGGUAAAAUAUGGUAAAAACAAAAAAAAACAAGAAAACAAAAACAAAACAACCAAAAAGAAAAGAAAAAAGUUUCCCCCAGCAAGAGUUGAACCCUGGACCAUUAACGUGUAAGGUCAUCACCUUGUCUAUUGCGCCACAACACCAAUUGAUAAACAUGCGUGUUAAAUUAAUUUUGUUUAACGUUUUUGCCCAUGAAAUUCUGCGGGUAGAUGCUGUUUGAAGCUGGUAGAGCUGUAUUUAUCAAGAAUUUAAAGAUGUAUUUGAGGAAAAUAAGCAGGGUUUUUGUGGUAAAAGCUCCACUUUAACUCAUUGUUCAUCUCAUUUGAAGAACAUAUGGCAGACAAAGCAAUAUUAAGUGUCUCGCAAAACCAUCGCAAAGUCUCUUGCUGACAGUGUUGUACAGCUUGCAAUUCUCUGCAUUUACAUGAGAAGAACUGGUCAUAAUUCAGCAACAGUAAACACUUUUUUCACAGAGAGUGAAUAACCAUAUUCGCCUUUCAUCUCCACUGUUUCUUGUUGGUGUCUUCUUUGUUGUUUGUGGCUGAAUUUCAAGCUGCCAUUUAAGUGUUGCCUAGAAAGAUUUAUGACCAAAGCAAAAUCGCACUCCGCUUGGGAUCUUCGUUCGAUCGGCAAAAUUUUAAACUGGCUUUCAUGAGGAAUUAAACAAAUUUAAAGGAAAAUAGAAACAAAAGAACUUCCUAUAGCUAGCUGUUCAGUUCCCCACCUUCCUUUGGCAACUUGAAGUCUUAGUGACAGCCCUGUGUUCAUGAGGGAGGAAUGUGGAAUAAAGCCCUACAAACAUCUGUAUAUUCAAGGCUAGGGUUUAAUCUCCCUAAACUGGCCAUCCAGCUAUGUCAUUAACAUAUUACUUACCUAGAGACCCAAAUGAGGCUGGUGGCAACAUGGAAAUUUUGUUGUUUCAUUUAAGGGGAGCUUUGAUGCUGUGUGUUUUAAACGUCAUAACCGAACAUCCUCAACAAUAUCAGCUCGUUCUCACCAUUCUAUUUCAAGCUGUGCUGAAGAGGAGGAGGAGGUUUGUUGUACACUAAUUAAGUCAUAUUUUUCUUCACCAUCCUGCAUUCUUUAUUCUGCAAACACUGGAAUUUAGAGAAAAGUAAAAACUGACUUUUAAAAAUGAUGUUAUAUUCAAAUAUAACAAAUACGCUUUUGUCCUACAGUUAUAUUCAAAUAUCAACCUGCCAAAAUAAAAUUAUGUGAAAACACCUGAAAUGCAUGCUACAGUGUUGAAACUGAUUUACACACAUCCAUUAUUGUGCAAAGAAAGUUGUGUCCCAUAGCCCAGGGCUGGUGGAUGUUCCAAUCAGGCUAGUGGAAAGUGGAUCAUUAAUUUUUUUUGAGAGGUGGCGGGAGGGGGGGGGAAGGGGUAGGGAAUUCAACUCACAGAAGUACUGUAUGAUAAAUUGUCCUAAUAAAUUCAUGUGGAUUGAAAGCUGUUUUUCAAGCAGAUCUGAAGAAGUGAAUUAUUACACUUCCUACUAAUUAUUACCAUGAAAACAAGUAAUUAAUAUAUUAAUUAACAAUAACUAAUGGUGUAAUAACAUAGAUACUAAAUGAUGAUUAAUAUUAUUUAUUAAUCCUGCUUGUCAGAAUUUCUUUGGGGGCCAGUUACGGAAUAGAAUGUUAAAUGACUCUCGGGCUAGCUAGUACAUUCUAGCUACUGCUUGCCUGAAGGGCAAGCUGUAAGACUGACUAUCUUUGCACCCUGCACAUCUUUGAAGCAUAAAAUUUGCCUACAAUACUUCUACAACAGAGUUACGUCAUGUUAAUAUGUCUGACUUGUGAUUGUUGUAUGUUUGAUUUAUACUCUGUGAUAAAGAUAACGACAGGCUCCAAGUUGCACCCAGUGAAUCGGCCUUUAGAGACCCCUCAGGAGCCAAAAAUAUAAAAGUUAUUUGAAAACAUACAUCUCAGUAGAAUUCAUGUAAUAGUCACAUCCCACUGUAAAUUUAUUUACCAAUAAUUUAAAUUGAUAAAUCUGUAUUUAAAGUGCAAGGCAAUAACUUGGCUAGGCAGUGUGGCAUGUUGGAUACUUUUUGUCCUUCUGUUCGCUGGUAGUAUACUAAUAACAAUGUUGCACAUUGCAGGCAGUUGUGUUGUUUGUGGAUGAGCCAUCAUCUAAGUUGUUCUGCACUUUGUGUCAUCGUGUGUUUAAGGAUCCCGUCAUAACAUCAUGUGGGGUGAGGAUAAUGUUCUGUUUCUUGAACUUACUGUUGGUAAUGAUAGCACUUUUCACUACUGAGACUUUUGCAAAAUGGCCAGUAAAGUCUUAGUUUUUGUCAAGUCAGCGUAGCCUUUAAGAACACAGCUAGUAUUUCACCAUGAUGAACAACCAUCCAGAUCUAGAUAAGUGACACAUCAUCCAGUAUGGAAUGGUGCUUGUUCCUGUGACAUCAUGAAAGUGUAUGGAACGCCAUUUAUGACAAAAAGAUUAUAUGCAAAUAUGAAGAAGAACACAAAUAUUCACAUUAGAAAAUAAAUAUUUAUAUCAAGAUAAGAAUAUAUGGGUAUUAUAAAACUACCUAACUAUAUUUUCGCAUCAACAUAUGUACGUUAUAGACACGAUGCAUAACGUAAAUAUACGUUAUGUUGCUUACCGCGCAAAUACGUUAUGAACAUUGAUUACGUUAAGACACAUAACAUACGUAUACGUUAUGCGUAACAUGUAAAUAUACGUUAUGACGCUGGGUUGACCGUCCAGCGGUUCCAGCGAAAAGAUGUGAGCAUGCCCAAGGCGUCGGGAAAAAAGCACGCGGAAAAAAUGCAGAAAUGGCAGCUAUGACAAUGACAUCCCAACCGGCCGCCUCGUCGAUGAUACCGUUCCGGUUCUAAACAGAGACCUAAAUUCCUCCACAGGCGUCUGAAAGGGCCGUGAGCUUGAGGUGCUGCACGAGGCGGCCGGUUGGGAUGUCAUUUGAGGAGAAUUUAUUCUUCUUGAUGUUCUUUCGAGAACAUCAAGAAAGUGAGGGUUUUCCAUCAGUCCGCAAACUAACUGGUUGAUGGUUGAAGAAGACGACGCAUCAUAGCCAGUGCCUGCCAUCUUCAAUGAAAGCAAGUGCUACUGCAAAAAUGUCAUAGCUGCCAUUUCUGCAUUUUUUCCGUGCGCCUUUUUCCCGACGCCUUGGGCAUGCUCACAUCUUUUCGCUGGAACCGCUGGACGGUCAACGCAGCGUCAUAACGUAUAUUUACAUGUUACGCAUAACGUAUACGUAGGUUAUGUGUCUUAACGUAAUCAGUGUUCAUAACGUAUUUGCGCGGUAAGCAACAUAACGUAUAUUUACGUUAUGCAUCGUGUCUAUAACGUACAUAUGUUGAUGCGAAAAUAUAGUUAGGUAUGUUUUAUAAUACCCAUAUAUUCUUAUCUUGAUAUAAAUAUUUAUUUUCUAAUGCGAAUAUUUGUGUUCUUCUUCAUAUUUGCAUAUAAUCUUUUUGUCAUAAAUGGCGUUCCAUAAAAGUGGAAACGUCAGGGAAAUAGAAACGCCAUGGUGCCUAUAAGAGCUAUACUCAACAUUGUUUAAAGCCAUUUCAAACCCCUUGAACCCCUGUAAAAAAAUAUAGAGAGCUAAAUAUGACGUGGCCAGCUAAAGUCAGGCUGAGGAAAAUGUAAGUAAUGUUAGAUCAGUGGCAAUCAUAUGGUUUAAGGAAAAGACAGCAAAUAUUCUAAUAGAUGGCAACCCUAAAAUUCAUCUUUACUUUGUUCUGAAAGAAUUUGUUUCUAUUAUGGUUAGUUUAGUCACAGUCCAUAAUUACAUUACUUUUAACAAGGACACUUUUCUGUAUCUUGUUAUGCUUAAUAUGUUGCUGUUUUGUAUUAUAUGUAUGUAGUUUUUAUGUGCUUUUUGUUGUUGUUAUUUUUUAGCAUACCUUUUGUCGAAAUUGUGUCCUUUCAAGAGCCUUGGAAAAGUGUCCAGUUGAUGAUAAUAAGCUUUCAAUAGUUGUUGCUAACCUUGCUGUAAGUACAUGUAUUUAUUACAAGAUCAAUCUUUAUAAAAAAUCAACCACAAUUAUCCAUUGCCUACACUCUUGUAGACAUAUAAAUAAUGUCAAAUAAUCAAAUUUCACAGGCUUGUGGUUUUUACUACAAAGUUUGUUGUUACCAAAUGUUUUUGAUCUGUAUGUUUAUAUAUAAUGUCUAUUUUCAUUGUUUACCCAGUUUAGUUGUGUUUGCUUUCCAAGGCAAGUUCAUGGACAGUCAAGUGUAUCAUUCUAUAGAAGCUUGACUUUAUCCCCCGUGGUUCUCCAUCAUGAAUUAGUUUGGAAGCAAGAAAGCUUUUUAGCUGCUUUGUUUUGAAUUAAUUAUGUUUGAAGUUCUUUGGACAUUCCAUACAAUGUUUUUCAAGUUUCUCUACCUGUAACCAGUGUUCUCCAGAAAAUUUAUUGAAAAAGGAGAAAAACAUUGAAUAGGCAGCCAGAGAUAAGACGAAACAAUGCUUGUGGGUGAAAGUAGAAUUAAAUGAUGUGCAAAGGGCAAUCACCUGAAUCCCUCUAGUGGUGGGGUAAUAAUAAUUAUUGGGCCACCCAGGGGAAAAAUUUAAUUUGGGGGCCCUAAAUUUCCGUGCAUUUUCUUGAGUGACCAGGGAAGAAAUUUAAGUCCUGAGGAUAGUACCUUUUUUUACCCAUACAGUAGACUCUCUCUUAACGGACACCUCUAUAAGACGGACACCUCUGUAAAACAGACACCUAGAGUUGGUCCCUGCCCUUGCUUAUUCCCUUUUUUUGACUCUUUAUAAGAGGAACAUCUCUCUAAGACGGACACUUAGUGCCGGUCCCAAAGGUGUCCGUCUUGGAGAGAGUUGACUGUAUUUGCUUUAUUUUGUAUCAUGCUUGCUUUUAUCUAACAACAUGUUGCAAAAAAAAAAUUGAGAAAUUUACUAUCCUCCUUAAAAAUAAUUUUCUAUUGCAGCCAUGCUAGCUGCUGAAACGACGAGAUGGUGAUUUUUAUCAGUAUUUUGUGAGAAUUUGCUUGCAUUAAUUUUGUUUGCUUUACAUUAUUGCCAGGUAUCUGAGCAGAUAGGUGAACUGUACAUCCAUUGCAAAUAUGGGUGUAAAUUAAAGUCAGGAACACCUUAUGAUUACGAAGUGAAUACUGCUGGCUGUCCUGUCACAUUUAAACUCUCAAACAGGCAGUAAGUACAUUAAAGUUAUUGUAAUAUUGUGAUGUUCCAGGCAGUUUUUGCUUGAUAAUACUUCUUAGUGUCCUUGUUGUGCAAGAAGAUACAUUUUUUGACAAAAUUAUUUAUUUACUUGUGUGUUAGUGAUCAUGAAAGAAACUGUCAAUAUGCUCCAACUCAGUGUCCUAACAGUUCACAGUGUCCAGUGUUACUCAAAAUGGUAAGUGUUCUUUACUUGGAAACACAUUUGACAACUUUUUGUUGAUAUGUUAUAAUACUGUCACUUCACUGGACUCUAACCAUAUAUGUUGUUGUAUUAGUAGAGUGAAGAAAGUUUUUUCUCUAAGACACCAUCUUUCAAAGACUUUUCCUAGACUAGGUUUUAUGCAUGCAAAUUGAGAUUUGCAAGCGUGGUUGCAAUUUCUCACAGUCAAUGAUGGCCACAGGUUAUUGUAACUCUAUGAGCAGAUAUAUAUGUAAAUUUGUUUAAUUGGAAGAUUUAUUAACCUUCUCAAAGAGUAGGCAGCAGGCAGUAAUUAAAGUAAUUCACAUCAGGGUGAGGUAGUGGUUUUCUUUUAUUUGUGGUAUUGUCAUCCAAAAAAUAAGUUUUGAAACUUUAGCAACUGGACAACUGAGAUGCUAUUUAUACAAUGUAUUUUUACUUCAGGACCUUGAUGAUCAUUUACAAGUUUGUGAGCACAUGAGAUGCCCUCAUCAAAAAUAUGGGUAUGUUAAGCUUACAUGUACUUAUAACAAAUAUGAAAAGCAUUUAAUGUAAAGAAUAUGAAAAAUAAGAAAAGGAUGUAGAGGCGAUCAGUUUUGAGGAUAGAAUACUAAAGCAUAACCCAAAAUUAUAAGUGAAGAGGCAACCAAUCAAGGUGGGUGAAUUGAGAGUGAAUGAGAGAUUGUAGACAAGGGUAAAUGUGUAAACCAGUUGGUCCCCCAAGAGGCUCCAUGAGGCACCUUGUAGUGUGUUGGGUGACCAUCUGGUAUUGGUUGUUGAAUGUUCAAAUGCUGGAUAGUACUAUCUUUUGGAUAAAUCACUAUCCAGUGAUAAGUAUUAAGGAAACCAAUAAUCGCACUGUCCACUGGUAGAGAUUUAUCUGGUGGAUAGCGCUAUCCACCUUUUGAACAACUGUGGACUGGUCUUUAUCUAUUUACUAUUCACUUGAAAUUAUAAUUUUCAGUCACCAUGAAAUCUUAAAUGUUGCAUUUUCCUAUAAAAUUUAACAUCCCCCUCCAUUUCUCUUCAAUUUAAAAAUCAUUGUAAGAAUUAUCUAUGAUUCUAAAACAUUAAUAUUGUUACUCAAUACUCAACCCAACUGAUCCCUUUUUGGGUUGAAUGAAAUCUCAGCGAGAUUUAAGACGGUAAUAGUAGUUGGUCGUAAUGUACCAUUCAUAAUAAUAAUAAUUUUUAAUUAUUAUGAUUUUUUCAAUAACUAUAAAGUAUAAGUUAGUAUCAGUGUUAUUAUGAAUGUCAAGGGUAAAUAAUGGUCAAUAAUGUUGUGUAAAUAAUGUACCGUUCUGCUGUUUUUGUUGUAGAUGUCAUAUGGAGGGAAACCAUAAAGAAGUUUGCCUCCAUCUUGAGACAUGCAAGUUUGAAGCUGUUAAGGUAAUUUAAUAUGGCGUUUUGUAAGAAAUUCUCGGUAGAUAUUGAAACUGACAUACAGUGGAACCCGGCCGUACAAACUCUUUAUUCUUUAUUAGUGUGCAAUUUAUAGUUCAGAAAGUAUUAGUGGCACAACGUGACACUACCUGAUUGCUUAUGAGACCGCCUUAGCAGUAUACAGCUAUUUCGAGAAUGGUUGUAGGAAAAAAAUGUGCAUGCGACAACCCCGAAAGGUAUUAUGGGAUCUGAUCAAUACAGUUCCUAACGACUGUAGCUCGAAAGUAGUCGAACCUACUUUUGUUGAUUUCCAUUAGCACUUGCGAACAUAUGUCCGUGGGCUCUCGUGCCAUUCUUUAAAAUUUCUUUGGAGAACAGGGCAGACAAAACCACCCACAAUACCUUUCGGGAUUGUCGCGUGCACUUUUUCCGACAACCUUUUUCGAAACAGCGGUAUAAUUUUGACCACAUCUAAGAUCUCCAAUAACUGAGAAGGGGGACUUCGUGUGAACGGGGCGAGGGGGAUGUUCAUCGUCUCGAGUAACGGUAUGAAUUGCAUAUUUUGGUGUGACUUGGGUUGUUCAUAGGAGUUCUAACAUUCUUAUUCAUGCAGGUAUCCCCUUUUGGCUGCACAUGAAGAAAUAAGAGAAAGAAAGAAAGCAUUAUUUUGAUGACGAUUUUUUUUUAUCGGAAUAUUGAAAUCACUAUAAUUCUUAUUUCGUUGUCCAUUUGAGAAUGAUGUAUUUUAGGGGUCAAACAAAGCUCAACGCGCAAUAAAGAGAAACUUGUCCAUCUGAUACAGAUUUUUAAAAGUAAUUUGUUCAACCAUGAAUAAACCAGUUUUAUCAAUUUUUCAUUUUAUUAUUUACCAGGAAUUCCUGCAGCACUCAGACAAGCGAAUGGAAGAGAUAAAGAUGGCGCUGAAAGAUAAAGAUCAGGUAUUUUCUCCAGAUAAGUCCUGUUCGUGUGCCUUGAAAUAACAGUCGGCUCUGUUUCCUUUGUUAAGGAAAGAGUUUCCCUGGUCCCAGACAUUUGUCUUGAAAUUUGUCUUAGCAUGAGAGAGAGAAAGAGAGAACAAACCACGAAAAGGCGAAAACGUGUCGCUUCGCUCGCUCUCUCGAACGCAGGGAAAAUUUUCAAGAAAAACCUCUGGAACCAGGGUAGGAUCCAUCAUCCCUCACCUAUUGAUCCUAUUUUGUGACCUGAUUCCUUUUAGGAAAUUGUAUUUCUCAAGGCGAUGAUAGUAAAGUUAAAUGAGCGAGUGGACAGAAUGGAAAAAACUGUGGACAUCAGAAUAGGUGAGAGUGCAAACUUUGUAAUUUUCUGAACUAUUUAGGACAAGAGUGGGGUUUACCGGUCGUUUUGAUACAAUGCAUUUCGAAAUGGGGUCGUUUCGAUUCAAGUUAAAUAAUUUCGCGUCGUUGGCUUAAAGAACAGGGAAUAUAUGGUUUUUCGUAAUUGAUCGUAAUAUUUGUUGCGCACUUUCACUGCUUAAGUUCGUGUCGAAAAGACUUGUAUCGAAACGACUGGUUUCACUUUGCACUGUUGUCUUCCCAGUUUACUACUUAUCUUUGACAAAGACGCGCUGUUUUUAGCACUGAUUUAUGGUCGAGAUUUUUGUCAUUUUUGUUGGAUGCAAGGUAUGACUGUUGUAGACGUUGGGGGCCUUGUUCUUUAACGAAAUUUCUUGCAAUCUUUCUCACAAUUUUGUUUAGCCACAAGUUGCGCGAAAAUUCUUAGUGUUGAUUGAACGUCGUACAGGACUUUACUUGUAACAUUUUUGUUUAAGCAAAUGCUGCUUUGAAGUGAAAUCAAGUUUUACUUCUCGCAACAACGUCGGUAUAAACGCUGUAAGGAUUUUUUUAAGGUUGCUAUGAAAAUUGCAGAAGGCGGCGUCUUGCGCAAUUUGUCUCGCAACGCACAGCGUUAUAAUUUGCGGCGGAGAUGAUUUGCAAGAGAACCUGGUUAGUUUAUCAAGGCCUUGUAAGUGUAUUUUUUUUUUCAUGUAUUUUUUGCUUACAUAGACCUUCUCGAUGAAAGCCAAACAAAACUGUCCUCAGAUUUGCUGGAUUCAAGACAAAGCAUUUCGCAAAUCCAGGUAAUUUACAUCAUUAUCAGUAAAGAAGACCAGAAGUGAACUCAAGAAAAUUUUGCAAGUAUUCUUACUAUGUAUAAUCUUUCUUCAUUUUGAAUAUUUUUUUUGAUGGCCAUCUUUGUUAGGCUCUUUUUCCUUCCCUUUUUAGGAAAGUCAAAAGUGUGUUUGUGAUGUGGCUCUUAAGGCCCUAUUACUUUACGCAAUUUUUUACGCUGCUUCUCUCCCAAUUUUGUUGCGCGUUUGCCAGACAAAUUUUUUACUUUUGUUUCGAGUAAAUAGAGAGUUCAAUCUUUACUUAUACGGCAAACGGCAGAUUCAAGUUGAGAAUUUCUCAAAGUAGAAAAUGAGCAGCUAAAAACAGCUCAAAACAAUUCUUAUGGUUAGAAAAAUGCAUGAAACUAAUACUUUAGGUGUAGAAAUAAUGAACAGUAAACGACAUUUAAAGAGGAAGCUUGGUCACAUGGAACAAAUUCGCGUUCGCCGUUUGACGUAAACGUGAUGCUUAACCUCUCUAUUAUAACUCAGCAUUAUGUUUGCCGGAGCGUCUCGGAGAGCUUGCUAACAGGCUUCUGGUUAUGAUACUUUACAAACUUGUUCCACCAUGCCAAUGCCAGUUGUGUAUAUGGAUUGUCUUGUCUUGCAUGACCGUUCAAAGUCUAUCUUUUUUUCAGUAAAUUUUGGUUUUAUUUACAGACUGACUUGUCUAAUGUUGAAGCUCGACUGUGGGGCGUUGGAAGUAAGUUCUACUUCAUGACCCUUUUUCAUAAAUAUCAGCUAAAACAUGAAACGGGUCAUCAAAGAUCUGUUGAUUUCCCUCAUGAAGUUUGAACAGCUUGCCUAUAACCUUUCUUAAAGUUUUGUUGUUGUUGUUGUUUUCUUGGGUUUUGCAUCACACAUUCUUUUCUAGCCCUCCUGAAAGUGAAUAGGAUUGAUGCUAACGUUUGACGAGUCUUAUUCCCGUUCUGUGACUCCGAACCCCACAUGCGCCGAAUCUGAUACCCAGUGAUGCCUAUGUGUUACCUAGAACGAUUACAUACAUACGUACUGUACUUAACCUUAAUUUCACCUCGCAGAAUUUAAGAGUAGCUACAAUAUAAUGCCAAUAUCUUUAUUGAUGUCGCUCACUGGUAGUAGCUUUUGCAAAUGCGACGUUCGCUGUAUGAAAAAGAAUAGAAAUGCUAAUAGCAGUCUGCUACUCUUUUUUGUUUGCAGCGUUUGACAUCCAGCCAUUGUUUAAGUGCAAGGGAACUUUUGUCGGUCACCAGGUAUGCUCUGUUGUUCUAGAAUCUUUCCAACCAGUGAAUACUUGAACAUGACUCUCGGCGCGCAAGGCCGUAGCUGUAGUAGACCUUAAAUUUAAUACUCAGCAUACCACUGAAAAAUAUUCCUUUGAUUUGCCUCUAGGGUCCCGUAUGGACUUUGUGUACCCAUGGAGACUGGCUAUUUAGCGGUUCAUCUGACAAGACAAUCAAGGUAUGUGUGACAACAUGGAGACCCGCUUACUUGUUCAUAACAACAGUGUUCUCGUUUACUGCAGAAAAAUCGGGAAGUUUUCUAAUUUUACCCACUUAUUGCGAUCUUCUUGUACUACAGACAAAACAGAACUUUCCUUUUCGACCGAAACGAUCUCAUACAGGAAUCGUUCCUUUAUACUGAUACAGUCCUGGCAUAAGUGUUGGGUUUUUAUCGUAUAGCUUCGUAGCCACACAUAUAGUUGAAGAACCCAUUAUGAGAACCUGGACUUCCCAUUAGACGUGGGCAAUCUUUCGUCGUCUCUACAAGUACCGUAACCUAAGAGCAACAUUUUUGGUUCUGCUUGUCUAUGGUUAGAAGGUUUGUUCAAUCUUGUCGUCUGGACAGAUAUUCUAGGAUCUUGUUAAUGGAGACCUUAUUUAUUCUAAGACGAGGACGACUAAGGGAACGAGAUUUUCGUAAUACUAAGUAUUGCGCGCGCGUGAACUAGCGUCAUUUUGGCGGGAGUGGAAACACUCUUUUCAGAAGUUAGUUUACUAUGCAACCUUGUUAAUUUAUGAUGAUUUACAUUCGUUCAAGGUAUGGGAUACACUGACGACGUACAAAUGUAUAAAGACAAUGGAAGGACAUAGUGGCAUUGUAUUGGCUUUGUGCACUCACGAGUAUGUUAACCAUUUACGUAAACUAUUCAAUCACGAUCACUUCUGUAUCUCCCCUAAUUUUGCUGCUACACCCUGAGUUGUCUGCCACAGUGCUUAGCACUGUUAACGGUCCCAUGUUUUCCCGCGUUCAGCCGCGGUUACUUGUUACAAGGUCUCCCGCGCGCCGCAGUAAUUUUUUCACGCGAUUGAAAUCUAUUCCCACACUCUGAAUGCAUCCGUAUCCAAUAGUUUUUCUCGCUCCUUUCAUGACCUCUCCCUGCUUUAUUUUAGCCUGCGUAGCAAGCGUUUCCGUUUAGUUUCGGAGCAGACAAAACCAGAGAACGGGAUUUUCGGUUUUGACCGCGCGACAAAUGAAACGAGAGCCAUUUUUCGCGCCGUUCUUUGCUCUUAAACCGCACAGAAACGCUUGCUACGCAGGUUAGCUUUAUUUUAGCCUAGCUAGCUAGCCUGCGCUGCGGUUGCAUAGAAAUUUCUGUGCUAGAUAACAGAGAGAGAGAGGAAAGAUACGCGCGUGCUCCUCUUUUCGCGCCAUUUUUUUUAUGCGGGCGCUAGCAGGCAUCGUCGAUUUGUCCCUUUCUUUGACUAUGUAGAACCAAGACUUGUUGUUUUAUUUACUGUUUGUACUGUUGUUUUUCCUUAUAAGUUUUUAUUAAGCCAGAAACUCAGUAUGUCACACAUUUCGCCUUUUUGUUUUGUCUUACAGCAAAAAGCUCUACAGUGGUUCCGCAGACUGCACAAUAAAUGUAUGUAGCAUUGUCGGUCAAUGACUUUCACAUGGAGAAAACGUUGAUAAUAUUUUCUUACUUUUGGUAAACACAUUAUAGGGAUUUUUCAAGCUUCUUGAGAAGCGUUCAUGUCAAGGCCUUAAUUUUGACUAAAAGUUGAAGUAUUUUUGUUAAAGAUAAUUUGAUGAAACUAGGUGAAACAGACUUGUACAAUAAUUGCUAUUUUUUUGUGUGUGCACUAGGUUUGGUGUUUAGAGGAACUUGAACUGCUCGACUCUAUUCGCGGUCACGAGAACCCUGUCUGCACACUGGUUACUAAACGGAACAUGCUGUUUAGUGGAUCGCUCAAGAAAAUCAAGGUAGGCUGAAUGAAAUCUUCUUAUUUGUUCUUAAAGACUUAGCGAGAAAAACUACUAGCUUACUUACUUGGGGCCGCAAAACUGAUUUUUGUCGCAAGCCAGGCUUCUUCCGCUUGCCGAAGAAGGAGAAAGUACUGGUUUAGGUCGAUAACAUUUGAUGAAGAUCACAACUUGACAUGUGUGGAAAACAACGCAAAAAUAUUCUUAUUUUUCAAUUUGGAAAAUACGUGAAAGACACGGCACCAUGUUGUCGUGAAACUUUACAUUAUCGUCCGAAAAGAAACGAAAAAUGAAACCUUCCUCGCUGUCAAAACUAUUGAAGUGCCUUUGCCGCGUUUACAGCAAACCACCUGGACUUGACGCUACAAAUACUUACUGGGCUUUUUCACACAAACGACUGGGAACUGGGAUAUCCAGGCCCUUAGGAGGACGUUUCACGCAACCUACAGUUCCUUCUAACUCGUCUUGUGAGUUCUAUUUCUCUCGUUGAUUUUCCAGGUUUGGAAUCUAAAAACCAUGGAGCUUAUCCAAGAACUAACAGGCCUUAAUCACUGGGUGCGUGCGUUGGUGGCAUCAGAAAGGCACCUCUUCAGUGGCUCCUACCAAACCAUUAAGGUACUUAAUUCUUUAUGUCCUCACCGUGAUUACAGUUUUGGUGCUUUCUGUUAACCUUUUUUUUCCUCGAUGUAACUGAUAAGACGACACAUACUUCAGAGCUGGCUAACAAACUUCCCAAGUUUGAUUAUUCGGAUUUAAAGUUAUUUUCCAGGUGUUGCUAUUAAAGGCCAUAUAAACGCGAAAAUACAAGUUCAUCUUAUUGGUAUAUGUAUUGUUUUUUGCCAGUUAGGUGUUUCUGAGCCUGCUUACCAGGUGAUUUGAGUUCGUGGGAUGAGGACCUAGAGUGUUGCCAUUGAAAUAACAGCUACUGAGCAGUACUUCAUUGUAGUACUGUUUAUUAUGCUGUACAUAGAACGUGGAAUAUUGGUUUCAGCUCACUUAAAACUUAAAAUGUUAUUUUGCAGUUAUGGGAUCUAGAUACAUUAGAGUGUGUUCGAGUCCUUCAGACUUCAGGGGGCAGCGUGUACUCUUUGGCAGUCACCAAGGACUAUAUAGUAUGUGGAACGUAUGAGAAUCAAAUACAGGUAACAGAACUGAGUUCUUUCUUUUUCUCUGAGUUGUAGCUUACUAAAUGGCUGUGGAGCUCAUAGAGUAAAUACAAUCAAUGACUGAUGAUGAUACCAAUAACCGUCCCUUUUGUCUUAAGGUGUAUGAUAUAAGCACACACAAACACUUGGAAACGCUGAACGGUGAGUCACUUGUAGUCACUUUUAAUCGCCUCUUGUGGCUUUAGGCGCUACUUCGAUAACACUCGAAAGCGAGGGAGACACGUGAAAGGCUGAAUUUCACGCGGGCUCAUAUCCUCUUUUUCGUCACGAAAGCAGCGACGUUUCUUGUUUCGCUGCUUCUCCUCCAUGACAUUUUCAGUUUUGAUUGGUAGUUCAUGGAAUCCCGAGUUGUUGAUGCGUUCGAUAUUAACGCAUGCAAAAAGAUUAUUCAGUGCGGCCGGAAACAAAUGAGUUUUCUCCAUACCAAAAAUGUCGUUGUUUCAAUAACUUUGGUUAUAAAAAUGGAGCUGGAAAGAGAAGGCGAGGAAAACACAUUAAUAUGAACGACUACGUAUCGUUAAAAAGUGCAAAAAACAAUUUUAUUUCAGAUAAUUAUUUAAGCCAACUACUUAACCCAUUACAAUUUGGCUGAAAGAGCUACUCGACAAAAUAUCAUGCGUGAACGUGAUAAUCCACUGAUGCAACACACAUUAGAUGUCCAGUUCAUUAAGAGAAGUAAUAAUCUUGCCACUAUUAUUAGCCUUCAUUCUGUUGAACAAGAUUUCGUAGAAAUCCAGAGGUUUGAAGAUGUCGAUCUCCAGUUUAGCUUUCUCCUCGUCCGUCAGCUUUUCCCAUCCUUCAGCCAAAAUUACGUGGUUGCGAGUGUUGCAGUCGUUCCACGAGAUUUGGCGGUGGAUUUCCUGUUUCUGAUUCUGUUUCUGUUUCUGACCUGCUUUUCCUUCUGCUGCUGAAUCUAAAACUGGCCUUUGACAGAGUUUGGGUGGGAAAUCUAUAGGACUUGUCGUCUCGGAGCUGCACUUGCCUCUGCGGUCGCAAGAAACGACGAGCAGUUCAGGCGACUGGCUACCUUUGUUCUGUGGUUCCGCCAUAGCGUACUAGCUGUCAAAUUUUGCUCGAGUCGUUGUAUUCUUCUUGGAUGCGAGUGACUGACUGCUUAUCUGUGCCAAGUAAAUUUUUUUAAAUGGGUCUUGAGGGUCUCAUCGCGUUCAUUUGUAAUUAGUAAAAUAAUUAAAGGGAUAUGUUAACCAGUUAUCCUACGUACUAUGGUCAUUCGAUUUAAUAAUAUCUCUUGAAAUUGUAUUGUUUCCUGCAAAUUGAUAGCGCUAAUUUGUAAACAUCUUUUUUUAUAACAGCGACGUGUCUUCUGUUCACGUUGAUUUUCAAUUAGUCGAAUGAUCUAAGGACUAAUUCAGCCGGUUAUCCUAAGUACUAUGAUUAUUUAUUGAAAUAAUAUUUGUCGAAAUUUUAUUGUUCCCUCAAUGCCAAUUGAUAGCGCUAAUUUUAAGACAUAUUAUCCUAUUACAACGAAAUGACGUCUCGUCACGCUAAUUUGUAAUUAGUCCAAAUUGUUAUUUACUUAACAAAGAUCUGUGAAAACUCAAAUUUUCAGCGUUUAUUAAUUGAUACCACCUUAUUAAUAUUAACGAUUAAUAUCUUUUAAAAGUGAAGUUUGGGGUAACCUGAUUAUAUGAUUUGGGAACGCUAUUUAUAAAAGUUUAAAACAUGUAAUGUGGAAAAGAAAAAAGAAAAUUACAAAAUCAAAAGACAAUAACACAGGUCUCGUGGUUGCCUGGCGUUAAAGGUUGGUCUCGUGUCCGGUCUCGUGCCGUCUUGUUAUUCCAAAACUUAUUAAUAUUCAGUAGGCAUAUCGUCUAAUCGAAUCACGUGCAAGGACCUAUAACCUGGUAAAAUUCGUCCAACUAAAAAAGUUAGUGGAGGGAAAUUACGGAAAUCAUAAACAUAACAUAACAUAACAUAGACUUCAUAUAUACCUGAAUUUUAGGGUAGCUAACAAGUUAAUAUCUUGAUAGGACCAUGAGUUUUAGACUAAAUAAAUGAUCGGUAAGUCGGCACAUGUACAGACUGGCUCGUUGUUGUAAUAUUUACGUUUUAUUUGACGUUGCCCUGAAAGUCGCGCACAAGUCACUUAUUAUUACAGUAAUUAUAAUGCCAUUUAUUCUCGUUUUGUUGUUUUCACGAGUUUGUUUACCUCUUAUGGUAGUUCAAAUCGUGUUAUAGAUGUUUCCUUUACAAACGGUGGGUCAUGAAUUGAUAGCCGGUGCGGUUUCUUGCCUGGGUGGUAUCCCAUAUUUUAUCACUGAUUCUUGUGUUGUUAUAUAUCCAUGCCUUUCAUUUAUCCAACGACAAAAAAGCACUGCUGGUCACCGUGGGGGAAGGUGCGAUGAGACGCGAAAGCCUGAGAAGAGACAGUGAGCAAUGCACUUGUCUUGACUUGAUUUCUUGAUUACAAGCGAAUUGUAGGAAUCAGAGCGUCCCCGUCCACACCAAUGCAUUUUCGUUUGAAAACGCAUACAUUUCGAUGCGUUCAGGCGUUCCGUCCACACUCAAAUGCGCUGAGGGUUUUCAGCGAAAACGCAUCGAUUUGAAAACACUCUUGAAAUUGGAUCAAAACGAAAACGCAUACAUAUCGUAUCAGUGCGGACGGUCGAAAACGCAUCAAAAUGAAAAAACGAUGACGUCAUAUGUACCACGUGGGUUGUAAAAUAUCGCAGGUCCGUGUGUUUGUAACAUGCACAUAGUGUUCAACCUGCGUAACAACGUGCAAAUCUAUCGUUUUCGAACUUUUUAGUGUUUUACAGUCGAAAACGCAUCAAAACGGUAGUGUGCACGUGAAUCGAUCAAUGCGCUUUCGAUGAAAACGAAAACGGAUCCUUUAGUAUGGACAGGGCUUAAGUCCUAAACAUGACCUUAAUUUGCCCACUUCAAAUCCCUUGAAUUGUAGCCAGCCCGACUUCACGUUUUACGAGAGUUCUUGUUUUAACGGAAAUAAACAAUUAUUGGAUGAGGUUUUGUAAUUUCUGGAAUAAUCAAUGUUGAGGAAAAUGUUAUCAACCGAGCCGAAGGCGGAGGCUGAUAACACUUACCGAGAGUACCGUAAUUACAGUAAUUAAGGCGAUCAAUUAAUCCCAUCGUUGUUUGUUUCAAACGAGUCUUGCUACGUCGAUGGCUAAGUAAACUCGGUGCGUUGACGCUUGCAGAAAAACUUCUGUGCUACCCGAGUGCCAAAUUUUUCUCUUGUCUGCUUGUUUUAAAAAAAAGUAAAAAGACGACUCUGAAUGUUUUGCAUUGUAUUUUCGUAGGAAAAAAAGGGAUUGCCUUCUCAAAAAAUUAUCUUACUACAAUUAUUUUUAUUAUAAUAAUGGAACAGCCAAAAGGAACAUGACAAUAGUAUAAGCAGAAAAAACAAGGCGGGAGCGACCCGUUUGUUAAACAUAGGUUGCUGCUACAAAUAUUACAUAAGGUCCAGUUCAUUAAGAGAAGUAAUAACCUUGCCACUAUUGUUGGCCUUUAUUCUGUUGAACAAGAUUUCGUAGAAAUCCAGAGGUUUGAAGAUGUCGAUCUCCAGUUUGGCUCUUUCCUCGUCCGUCAGCUUUUCCCAUCCUUCAGCAAAAAUUACUCGGUUGCGAGUGUUGCAGUCGUUCCACGAGACUUGGCGGUAUAAUUUCUGUUUCUGAUUCUGUUUGUGAAGUCUUCUUUUGUCUGCUGCUGAUUCUGAAAUUGUUCUUUUAUGGAUUUUGGGCAGGUGAUUCUCGUCACUUAUUUUCUCGCGGUAGAUCAGCCCAGUCGAUUGGCUGACUUUUUUCUGAAAUUCGGCCAUAAUGUACAGGUAGUCGAGCUGCUGUAUUCACCGUGUAGAUACGUGUAACUGACUGUUUAUUUGUGCGAUUUACCUUAUCUUUCAAACAGGCCGCGUGUCCGGUCUCGUGCCUUCUUAACAACUUAUCAGUAUUCAGUAGGCAGUAUUGUUCAAUUGAGUCACGUGCAAGGACCUACAAUCUGGUAAAAUUUCGUGUAACUAAAAAAGUCAGUGGAAGGAAUUUCUUUAGGGAAAAUUUCUUUAGUGAAACAGGUCUCGUGGUAGCCUCCAACGCAGGCGAGCAAAAGGUUGUCUGCGUGGCGUGAAAGGCUAGUCUCGUGUCCGGUCUCGUGUCGUCUUGUUAUUCAAAAACUUAUAAAUAUUCAGGAGGGUGUCGUCUAAUUAUGCAAGGACCUAUAAUCUGGUAAUAAAAUUCGUCUUUUUAAAAAGUGAGUUGUGGGAAAUUACGGAUAUCAUCAUAGGACUAUAAGUUCUAGACUAAAUAAAUGAUUGAAGUGGUAACACAUAUACAGACUGGCUUGUUGUUGUUUACGUUCUAUUUUUCGCUGCGUUGAAACUUGCGCACAAGUUACUUAUUAUUUCAGUAAUUAUAAUGCCAUUUAUUUUCUUUUUGUUGUUGUCUUGAACGAGGCUUGUUACGUUGAUCGCUAAUUAAACCGUAUAACCGGUUUACCGCUUCAUUACUCUGAUCUCGGCCUGCUUUUUCAGAGUCAGUGUGUUAACGUAUUAUGUCCUUAAUAUCAGCCGUCUUUGCACUUUCGUAAGAAACAAACUUGAAAUACGUUAUCUCAAAAAUCUCGCGAAGCUAAAAAGGGUCAGCAGUGAGAAUAAACGGAAACAAGCCAAAGGGUAAAAAUACGAUGAAAGAAAAAAAACGGAAAAAAAAAAAAAACUUUAAGUAGCCCCGCCGGGAUUUGAAGCUGCACCCUAACUUCCUCCAGCGCAAAAAGUGAGGUCACAUACCACUGGGCCAUUCGAACGCUGUACAAUUCUUAAAAUUAAUAGUGUUGAGGGCUAGUGUUACUAAUAGUGUUACCUUGAACCUUCUGGAGCUGUAUUUAUUAUGAAUUCAAAGAUACAUUUGAGGAAAAAUAGCUUAAACGAGUAUUUCAAAACCAUUUUGCAUUAUUUCCUGGUUUAUUCACUCUCGGGCCUGAUAUUUAUUGAAGCUAUGCUAUUGAUGAGAAAACCGCACAGCGGGCCGCUAAAUUAUGUGACUACAGCUGUAUUGGAGAGAAUCGAGUGGGUGAAACACACUCGUCUUUUAGGCGUUACUAUCGAUGACAGGCUUUCCUGUUUACAUCAAACAAACUGAACCUCCUGAAAAUGAGUUCUUUCUUGAGCAGAAACGCCCUAUUGGACUUGUACUUCAAGAUAAUAUUACAAGCAGUUCUAUAUGGACUGGCCAUUUGGGGCGUCUGCCCUAAUGCAGACCUUUAACAUUCGCUGGAAGUAAUUCACCGUAGGGUAACCAUUAUAAUAAUAUACAGCUUGCCCCGCGAUAUGCCUACUGAGGAAGUAUACCGAUACUCCAACUGGAAUACUUUAAUCUUCUAUUAUAAAUUUUUUGCACUGCGUACAACUUCAGAAGGAGUAAUAACGUAAUCGUCCUGCGUUUUAACUCGCAUGUUCUAAUGUUUUAACUCUAUCAGCCAUAGCGGCGCUAUUCUUUAAAACCAGUGUUUCAUCGAGCGGCCUAUAUACAUACAUACAUAUCCUUUAUUUAAACACGUUAGGAUUUAAAGCUCAAAGCGGCAAGGUUUUCCAGCCACUUGUCCAAUCGGGCACUGUUGUGUUUGCAGCCCGCUGUUCUUUUGCCUCAGAAAUGCUUUGAGAUUCGCCAGGCGAUUCACCAACGUGCUGAAAACAGAGGAUGAAUAAAAUGAGCUCUAGUCGGUGGUCGGGUUGCCUGGAAACCCAAAAUGCACGAUGAUGUCAUGCUGAAUGGCGUCCUUAGGAUUUGUUUAUGGUUUGUUGCUAGGCAACCGGUAGAAAAAAAAGAUUUAUGACCAAAGCGAAAUCGCACUUCGCUUGCGAUACUCGCGUGAUCCGCGCGCGCAGCGCGCGACAAAAUUAUAAACUUGCUUCGCGAGAAUAAUUAUCAGGAAAUAAAUGAUUGAAGUGGUAGUACACAUCUGCACAUUACCUCAUUGUUAUUUACGUUUUGUUUUACAGUUCGUUGAAGUUACUUAUUAUUACAGGAAUUAUUGCCAUUAAAUCUCUUUUUGUUGUUCGUUUCGAACGAGUCGGUUACGCCCUUUGGUAAUUAAGCUCGUUCACCGCCUGUCUUUUGAGUCGGUGCGUUGCCGCGAGUGCGGAAAAACUUUGGUCCUGCUCGUGUGCCAGUUUUUUCUCCAAUUCUUUUUUGGUUAGUGUGCUAAUUUGUUGAAUUAAAAAAAGUGGGAAGAGGAGUUCUAGACUAAAUAAAUCGUGAGCUGAUCAGUCCGGUAGUUUAGCUGACUUUUUUUUUCUGAAUUUCGGAUAUAAUGUACAAGUUGUCGAAUUUCUGUAGAGAAAAUUUAGGACAUCCAAGGACGGUGACUUCUAUACUAUUAGUUCUGUUCUUAAGAAUGAAAAUUCUAUGAAAAUUACUGAAAUGUUCGUAAAAGCGUAAAAAAAGAAAAACAAACGAAAAAAAAAAAAAAAAAAUGGAAGUAGCCCCGCGGGGAUUUGAACCUUGCACCCUUACCUCCUCCAAUGCAAAAAGUGAGGCCACAUACCACUCGGCCAUUCGAACGCUGUGCAAUUCUUAAAAUUAUUAGUGUUGAAGUAUUUUCCUCUGCCAUUCACAGUGUUUGAACCUCCUGGAGCUGUAUUUAUAAUGAAUUCAAAGAUACAUUUGAGGAAAAAUAGCUUAAACGAGUAUUUCAAAACCAUUUCGCAUUAUUUCUGUGUUUAUUCACUCUCGGGCCUGAUAUGCUAUUGAAGGUAUACUGUUGAUGAGAAAACCGCACAGCGGGCCGCUAAAUUAUGUGACUACAGUUGUAUUGGAGAGGAACGGAUCGAGUGGGUGAAACACACUCGUCUUUUGGGCGUUACCAUAGAUGACAGGCUUUCCUGUUCACAUCACCUUACAGAUUUGAAAAAAGAAUGUUGUAAACAAACUGAACCUCCUGACAAGGAGUUCUUUCUUGAGCAGAAACGCCCUAUUGGACUUGUACUUCAAGAUAAUAUUACUAUCAGUUCUAUAUGGACUGGCCAUUUGGGGCGGCUGCCCUAAUGCAGACCUUUUACAGUCGCUGUAAGUAAUUCACCGUAGGGCAACCAUAAUAAUACAUGUAUACAACUUGCCCCGCGAUAUGCCCUACUAAGGAACCAUACCUAUACUUCAACUGGAAUACUUUAAUCGUCUAUUAUAAACUUUUUGCACUGCGUACAACUUCAGAAGGAGUAAUAACGUAAUCGUCCGGUGUUUGAACUCGCAUGUUCGUAAAAACUCUAUCAGCCAUAGAGGCGCUGUUCUUUAUUAAAAACCAGUGUUUCAUCGAGCGGCCCAUAUACAUACAUACAUACAUACGUAUCCUUUAUUUAAACACGAUAGGGCACUGUUGUGUUUGCAGCCCGCUGUUCUUUUGCCUCAGAAAUGCUUUGAGAUUCGCGAGGCGAUUCGCCAACGUGUAGUAAACAAAGGAUGAAUAAAAUGAGCCCUAGAAGGUGGCUGUGUUGCCUGGAAACCCAAGAUGCACGAUGAAGUCAUGCUGAAUGGCGUCCUCAGGAUUUGUUUAUGGGCUUGUUGCUGGGCAACCGAUAGAAAAAACGAUUUAUGACCAACGCGAAAUCGCACUCCGCUUGCGAGCGCGACAAAAUCAUAAACUCGCUUCGCGAGAAUACUUAUGAGGAAAGAAAUGAUUGAAGUGGUAGCACACACCUGCACAUUAGCUCAUUGUUAUUUACGUUUUGUUUUACAGUUCGUUGAAGUUACUUAUUAUUACAGGAAUUAUUGCCAUUAAAUCUCUUUUUGUUGUUUGUUUUGAACGAGUCCGUUACGCCCUUUGGUAAUUAAGCUCGUUCACCCACAGGUACCCAGGCUCUGUAAUAGUACCACAGUACGGUUCCAGUAAAAUUACAGUGUUUGUAUGGGGUAAAAAUAUCAUCCUAAAAUUUCUAGGAAAUACUAAAUAAAGAUCAAUAAAACUUACUCUGCAGUUAAUUGUUGUUGUCCUUAUUGCUCCAACGAAGUUUCGUGAUAAUUUGCAGUAAUUUGUUUAAAUUCACUCUAUCUACAAUAAUAAUAUACAAGGUAGGAAACACGAGGUGCCAUUUUCGCCGACAUGCUCUCAUUCAACACAACUUUUUCCACGAAAUUCGUACUCCAACGGAAAAUGAACAUGCCAGGAUCGUAGAAAUAGGAUAGCAGCAGAUAUAGAAACCAAUGAAGCUUUCCCAGAUAGAGAAACGAAUCCCACAGACUUUGACAAACUCGAAGGAUAUAAUCCAAACAGACCGAGAAUAUGCUCGCCGAAGCAGCCGGGCCAGAUCAACGCGCGGCCAAGAAAAUGAGGCCUGGGCACUGUACAAAAAAAAAUCAUCCCGGGAGUCCUGAGGUGACCUUUCUGGGCACCGAUACAUCAUUUGCCCAAAGCCACCCUACCCUGCAGAAAAAAUACUUAAUAGAAGGCAAUUGUUCUUCCUAGCCGUACCACCCUGGCCUGUUUUAAAGAGAUUAUGUCCCUCUCGAACUAUAUUCAGCGCCUGGCGCUGGUCCUCAGAAAGUUUAUCAAACAUCAAUAGGGCAAGGUUAUAAGGGCAAAGGAAAGAACAACGAAGGAGGAUUUACAAGACUUAAAACGAGCAAAAGAUAUAGGUGAAUUUUGGCUCUUACCGAGGCAUUUGUACAACAGGACCAAAUUCAAAGAGAGGUGUAUCACGAUGAUUCACAUAUUUAACCGAUAGAGCGUUCACUUGUAUUGACAAGAAGUCGGCGUGUUACUGCCGCAUUAAUCGCUAAAUAUGUUAAUCGCGCUAGUUCUUUGUUUACUGGUGCACGUGCCUUUCACAUUCGUCUCAGUUAUCGCAAUUCAUAUUCUGUCGCAAUUUUCUGUAUAAUUUUUGACAUUAGUUUGAAAGCUUCACCGUUUAUUUACGAUAGUUUCGCUCUACCUUUUGUUCAACCUUGUUUUUAGCCCGCCUUUUCAAGUAUUUCGCGUUGUUAUUUCAUUAGUUUCAUUACUGUUUUUUGCAUUCCUUAUUAAAAGAAAUGGAGCGCUUUGUAACUCCUCAGACUCUCCUGAUUAUAUUACUUUUUUUUAGCUAUUUAAAUUUAGGCGCGUGUGCGGGGUUUGCUCUGGCAAAUAGUGAUUGGCUAGGAAGAACAAUUGCCUUCUAUCAAGUAGUUUUCCAGCAGGGGAGGGUGGCUUUGGACAAAUGAUGUAUCGGUCCCUAGAAAGGUCACCCCAGGACCCCCGGGAUGGAAUUUUUUUGUAGAGUGCCCAGGCCUCAUUUUCUUGGCCGCGUGUUGGUCUGGCCCGGCUGCUUCGGCGAGCAUAUUCUCGGUCUGUUUGGAUUAUAUCCUUCGAGUUUGUCAAAGUCUGUGGGAUUCGUUUCUCUGUCUGGGAAAGCUUCAUUGGAUUCUAUAUCUGCUGCUAUCCUAUUUCUACGAUCCUGGCAUGUUUAUUUUCCGUUGGAGUUCGAAUUUCGUGGAAAAAGUUGUGUUGAAUGAGAGCAUGUCGGCGAAAAUGGCACCUCGUGUUUCCUACCUUGUAUAUUAUUAUUGUAGAUAGAGUGAAUUUAAACAAAUUACUGCAAAUUAUCACGAAACUUCGUUGGAGCAAUAAGGACAACAACAAUUAACUGCAGAGUAAGUUUUAUUGAUCUUUAUUUAGUAUUUCCUAGAAAUUUUAGGAUGAUAUUUUUACCCCAUACAAACACUGUAAUUUUACUGGAACCGUACUGUGGUACUAUCACAGAGCCUGGGUUACCUGUGGUUCACCGCCUGUUUUUUGAGUCGGUGCGUUGCCGCGAGUGCGGAAAAGCUUUUGUCCUGCUCAUGUGCCAGUUUUUUCUCCAAUUCUUUUUUGGUUAGUGUGCUAAUUUGUUGAAUUUAAAAAAAGUGGGAAGAGGAGUUCUAGACUAAAUAAAUCGUGAGCUGAUCAGUCCGGUAGUUUAGCUGACUUUUUUUUUUCUGAAUUUCGGAUGUAAUGUACAAGUUGUCGAAUUUCUGUAGAGAAAAUUUAGGACAUCCAAGGACGGUGACUUCUAUACUAUUAGUUCUGUUCUUAAGAAUGAAAAUUCUAUGAAAAUUACUGAAAUGUUCGUAAAAGCGUAAAGAACAUGGUUGCCUCAAGUAGGUAGCGACGGCAACGACAGUGAAGGCGUCGCUUAAAAAGUGAAUUCGCGUUCUUUCGAUCUUUUUUCGCGAUUAGUCCAACUCGCCUACUUUGUCAAAUGUAGUCAAACUCUCUUGAAGUUGAAGUCGUGCAAAGAAAAGUACAAAACAGUGUGAUAAAAAAUGUUUAAUACAUUUGCAAAGUUUUCAAGUUUUGAUUGUGUUUUACUGACCCUAUUUACACCAUUUGUUGAGAUGUUAUGCCUUAUCCUCUUUCUCGUCAACAGUAGUUUGUGUAUUUGGCUGUUUUUUCACUUGAGUGUCGCUAUGACACCGAUUUUGGGGCUCAUAAUCAACAAACAAGCUUUCCAAAAUUGCCAAUACUAAGUUUGAUCUUUCCAGAAAACAGAAAAACACAGUUAAGGGACUCAACUCUUAAUCUGAAAACACUAACGGUAUUUCGGGCUGUCCAUAUAGUUAGUAGAUAUGGGCUGUUGUUUCGCGUUUCGCCUUUAAACAUACAGAUCUCGCGCAGGUACUACUCGGUGUUCGGUAAACCUUUAAUUUGCUAUGUUUGAAUUUGCGUAACUUGACAGAUCUCGCACAGCUUUUGAACUUUGAGGAGAGAUUCCCUUAAUUUUGAAAGAGUAGUCUUCGGAUUGGACCUUAACGUCCAAUUUGAUUUAUUUUAUUAAUUCGACUUAUUUGGACGAGUUGCCGGCACAAAGAAAUCUCAAACUCUCUUUGUUGACUGCCAAUUUGUGGGUUAAGCUUUUUGAAAAAAACUUAAGAAGGACAAUCAAUUUAAUAUCUACAUAUUUAUUUAACUUUUUAAUGUAUAUUUACAAUUUGAUCAGCUGGUAUAUAAGCGUUGGUGUUCACUAGCGAAGUAUAAACUAAUUCGUAAAGACCUCUCAGUCAAAAGUAAAUCAAAUGCACGGAAAAUUUUUCCGUUUUAAUCACGCCCUUUUUUGCUACAAUUCAUUGAAGUACUCAUUGUCUAUUCCUUUAAAAUUUUUGCUGUUAUUUUUACCAUUGUUAUUGCUCCAACUUCUUCUUCUUACGAUGGAAGUCAAAAAGUAUAUCUUAUUUGUCGUGUUACAUUCUACUUAGCGUUAAUAAAGCUUGAUUUUAGACUCGCUUAGUUCGCACGAAAUAUGCUACGUGCACAAAUUGUCUAGUUCACUCAGAGACGUAAUCACCAUGCCACUGUCGUUAGCCUUGAUUCUCUCAAACAAGAUUUCGUAGAAAUCCAGGGGUUUGAAUAUGUCGAUCUCUAGGGCCUGUAUUUCUUCUUCGGACAGAUGUUUUGCUUGUUCUGUGAGUGAGUCGCUGCGGUGGAAAAAAUAAGCUUUUGAUCUGUCGUACGCCACCGGUUCAGAUCCGCUUCUAUUCCUUUUCUUCGGGGCGCUGUCGUCGUGGCCGUACUGUGUCCUCGACGAUGGUAUGGCGGGUUCGCUGGACGGCUUGUCGAGUGGCAUACCCAACUGCGGCUGUUUUUCAGUGCCUCGUGGUGGUUUUGCCAUACAGUCUGAGUUAGCUCGUGGCUUAGGAUCUAAGGGAACUUGUAAAGGGUCAUUUGUUUCCGCUUGGAUUGCCUCCAGUCUGUCCGUUUUGCUCUCGAUCACGGUUCACUCUCUUUGCCUAGUCUUCGAUUUUUAGAUCUUGUCUUUUGGUUGUUUGCCAGUAUUUUUGAAGGAGGAUUUAAAAUCUUCUUCUUUUAAUCCUUUUGAGGAUCACGUGGUAUGCGGGCUGCCGACGUCGUUGUUUUUUACCUUCCUUGUAUAAGUCGAGCUGCGCACGAAAACAAGGAGGAGCACAAAAAAUCUGAACGUUUUGUUUCAUGAUGAGCAAGAAAAAUCUGAGCGAAGCGCAAUUGAUGUUGAGGAAGUCUUAAACUAAAAUUUGAAAGAAACUAAAUUAAAUUUAUAUGCAAAAAUCUGGCGUGUGUUUUUCAAAACAAAGUAUUUUAUAGUUAAUUAGUUAGUAUCGGUAAUUUUUAAUGCAAUUAGCGUCCAAAACAGUCGAGUUGAAGGAAAACAACAACAACUCGAUCCACACAGCGAGACUCGUUUUGCUUAAUCAGCGACUCAUUUUCACUCUUGUUAGAUUUGUAAAUAAAUGCCUGCUUUUGAAAUCAGUCAGAGUCAUCGUAGUAAACGUGUUUUCAAUACACUCUCCUCCUAAAUACAAGAACAAACAUUUUUUUCGUAUAUAGUCGCUUUUGAUUGGCUGAGAAAAGAUCAUGCGUCGUUUCUCGGCCAAUCGAAAUGUAGUCAAAACCAUUCGUGUUUUGUCUACACCCAGCCCAGGUUUUCGACUUAAAAUAAAGGGGUGCCUUGGGGUGCGUCUGAUAUAAUCUUAAAAAACAAGAAAUAUUGUAUAAAUUUUAGGGAACUGAAACUCGUAUAAUUCCCAGAAAAUAUCCGAGAGGCAAGAGACCUUCAGGGCGCUUCGGACACGCGUGUCAUGCACAAUUUAUAAGCAGAGGAAUUUGAACACACAUCGAGCCACAGAAAUGAAUUUCAUAAUCCGAAAGCACUAAUUUUCUUAAUGCAUACCCUUUCGUUACCUAAAAUUAAUGACUGUGCCCAAUAUUCAUAUUUAACUUGCGUUGAAAAAUGACGAUUAUUAGGGAGAAAGACCGAUACCUUGCGAAAGUGUCAGUAUAAUACACCGUGGUCGUGGGGUGCAUACCACCUAGUCUACACCCAUUUGGGUGACUUACCGAAAAAAAUGCGUGUUUUUCCCUUUUCCUGUGUUUUUCGGACUACCCGGCUGGGAUAAUGGCCAGUUUCAAUUGAAAAUUUAUUUACCCAUGUUUUUUUAAACAAACUCAGACCCCAUUUACACGGGUCUGGACAAAUUUUUGAACGGACAAACACUUGCACGGAUGCGCCUUUCGUUUACACGGGACCCGCGGAACCGUGCAGGUUUUUGAAUGGCAAAUAUUACUGCAAUCUGUAACGCGUUUUGCACAGUUUCGUGUAAAGUUGCACAGGUAAAAAAUUCGUUUCGUUCUAAAAUUUGUCCGGACCCGUGUGAUCAGCGUCUUACUAUAUAAAUUGGUGUCUGAUUGCCCUAAAAUGAUAGAAACCACUUUGGAAUCGCCCCUGCCCCCAGUUUUUCUGCUUGAGCCGUAUAUGUCCCUUUUGAAAAGUAUGGUAUAGUCUUGAAUAAUUUUCUUUUUUCCCUCUUACCAGGUCACGUUGGUAUAGUGUAUGGUCUUGCUGUGUUAAGUGCCCCUGGGCAGACGCGUUUGUUCAGUGCUUCAUAUGACAGAUCACUCAGGGUAAUUUGAUCAGAUAAGUUCACUCUAUCUCUGAAGGAUUUGUUAAGUUUGUGAAAUCCUAGAGACGCGUCUGUUUGCAGUUUCCGUCGACUCCAGCUUAGUCCCUAGGUGUUCUGGGCUUGGUCAAUCCUGGACUCUACCGUGGGCUGUGACGUUACCGAGAGAGACUGGCCCACCCUUUCCCAGACUUCAGGGUAAUAGAGCACGCCUUAGGACUGGGCUGUCUCUACACGUGAAUGGAUAGUAUCUCGAACGGUCUCCAGAUCGACCCCCCUCUAACUAGAUAACUGAAACGAGUGCAUGGAAGCAGAGUCACAAAUUAAUCUGAGACUUUUGAACUUCCAUUCUAUGAUAGGUGUGGAAUCUAGAAAGUUUCACUUGCGUCCAGACCCUUUUACGUCACCAAGGGAGCGUGGCUGCUUUGGCAUUCAAUAAGGGCAGGAUAUUCUCUGGAGCGGUGGAUAGCACAGUUAAGGUG